AUGUCGCGCUCAACCAACUCGCUAAUCGCUGAGCAGUGUUACUUGAUCAAUCGCGACACACCGCGGCCGCAGAAUUCAAAGCGCAAAGUUCACAGCAUUCUUUCAAAUCAGAUUUCGUCGCUUAAUAACAGUGACAGUCUCCUUUUGAAUGACCAGGCGUCGGAGCAGCCGCCGGUUGAAGAGACUAGCAACGCACGCGGCGAAGGUGCCAGGCGACCUGCUACGCGGCCACAAAAGAGGCCAUCGUCUGCACAGACCAAGUCAAGUAACAACAGCUUCAUUCAGCUGCUCACAGGCGACGCCGUUAGCGAUGCGGCGACUUCUAUGAGCGCCCAGUCGAGGGAGGAGGCGGAGCUUGUCUACAAGUUGUGUGUAGAAAACGAUGGAAUCUUCACGGAAGAAAUUUUCGGACGACAUAUCGCUAAAUUUAGACACUCAAUACAGCACGGGCUGGUGUCGAACUCUGUCGACUUUCUUAACUUUCUCAAACUGCUAAAAGGUUCCAGACAGUACAGCUUCCACCAUGACGACGAUGGAAAGAAGUACGUCAGGCUAAGGGACAAGGAGUCACGCGAACAGGUCGCACGCCUACAGGAUGUGGAAUACGCGGUCUUCUGCACCAUAGAAACUGCGGGAAACAGAGGCAUAUGGACGGCAGAUAUCAAAAAACUCUGCGAAAUCACGGUGAGAGUAGAUACGGCAUGCCACCAACGAGCACAGGGUAACCAACUCACCAGAACGCUGAAGGUAUUGGUGGAGCAGCAUGGGCUCGUCAAGCAGGUCACAAAUGUGCACCAGAAGAGCAGGAAGCUGUACAUGCUCUUCAAUAUCAAGCCCGCCAGAGAGCUAACUGGGGGCUCCUUCUAUCUAAACGGGGAAUUCAACGAAAUGCUAGUAGAGCACAUACAAGAACAGGUCGGAUCCUUUCUCGCAAAAUUCCAGGGAUCAUCCCUCACUCAAAUCACCAACUUCUUAAAGACGUUGGAAAACAUCAGCGGGGAAGUUCGAGAGGAGGAUGUCCUCUCCAUCAUACAAAUCCUGAUGCUGGAGGACAAGGUCUACAGCGCUCCAACCGCAUUGGGUGACACCAUAUACAUUGUAAGUCAGAACUAUUCGCUCGCACGUGCAAUAUUCGCAAAACUAACGUUGUAUGCAGUGGUCUGGAAGCGCUACCCCCAGCUUUGCUCAGAAAGCUUUCGGCACGCCGUGUUUCAGGUGUGA